UUUUGUUGCCUGUUGAAUGUCAAUCUUACAAGCUGUUUUGACAGGCAAGUUCCGUUAAUUGGUUGGUAAGCCAAUAAGCGUUUGAUGACUAGAAAUAUGAUAUCUGAGCAGAUUAACUACACAUUCUUUGCUUUCGUUUUUCGAGCUUUCUCUUUUUAAGUGACUUCAAGGCAAACCAUAUCGAUUCUUCGGUGUAUUCUACGGUGAUACGUGAUAUUUAAUUAAACCAACUUGGGGUGUUCAAAUUUGUAAGAUGGCUGAGAUUCAAGCAGUUAAAUCAGUUUGCGUUUCAUGCAAGAAGGAAUGUGGAAGCCAUUUUUGCAAAGUUUGCAAAAAAACGUGCCACGCAAUUCCGCCUUCCUCAACAUCAGCAGGUGAUGAUGAAGGUUUUGGUGCCCAGGUCUUGUGUAGUGGCUGUGCAAAAACUGAGACAGCAGCAGUGGCUAAAAAUAAGCAGCAAACACUGUCUAAGGAAGAGUUUCAGUUUGCCAACAUGUUUAAAAGACAUAGCAAGCAGCAGAAAACAGGACCAGAAGCAAAGCGAGCAAAGAGUGGACACGAGAAAACCCCAAUGGGCUUUUGCUUACUUUGUUUUAGGAAGGCAAACGAAUUUUGGCUUGCUAGAGGGAACAAGUCCUCUCUAGCAAACCAUUUAAAAACUCACAGCGACAAGGGCGAAAAGACCUUAGCAAAUGACGCUAUUAGAGAAGAUUCCCCUCUUGCUAAAUCUGCGCUACAGGCGUACAAAAUGCUUAAAUCGGCUAGGUAA